AUGGGUUGCUGUGGUUGUGGUGGCUGUGGUGGCUGCGGUGGCUGCGGUGGCUGCGGUGGCUGUGGUGGCUGCGGUGGCUGCGGUGGCUGUGGUGGCUGUGGUGGCUGCGGUGGCUGCGGUGGCUGUGGUGGCUGCGGUGGCUGUGGUGGCUGUGGCUCUUGCUGCUGUGGCUGCUGUGGUUGCUGCUGUAGUCCCAUGGUUGUCUGCUGCCGCCGUACUUGCUGCUGUGGCUCCUGUGGCUGUGGCAAGGGCUGUGGCUGUGGCAAGGGCUGCUGCCAACAGAAGUGUUGCCAACAGAGCUGCUGCUGCAAAAAGCAAUGCUGCUGUUAGAGAUGAGUGAUUUGGGCUGGACCUCCAAGAAGGACUUGCUGGGAGCCCAUAUACAACACGAAGGUAAGACUUUCUUCUGUCUCAGCUUAUCUACUUUGCUUUUCUCUGUUUGUCUCAUGGGCUAUGGGUCACUUAUACUUUGGGACCUUUGUGAUCCCCUCUCACCUGAAGGUAAUAUUAACUAAUACAAAGCAUCCAAAAAGGAGACAUAAACCCAGCCAAAAUUAUGUACAUUGCUAAAUACAACUCUGAUAUGUAACGUUCAUUUCCACAAUUUAUAUCCCUUUCUAUAUUUUUUCUUUUAACAUAGCCUGUAAUUUUCCAAUUUUUCUAUUGCUUCUGUGUUCUCUAAGAAAUUCUAUUCAAAUGUUUUGACAAAAUCCAAAAUAA